AUGGCGGGCGGAACGCUUCCCUCUCCGGUCGCUCCAGCCGACGUCGUCCUCAGCGUCAAUGACCUCCAGGACAUAGCAUCCAAGCGGCUCUCGCCAUCCGCAAGAGACUUCUUCAACUCCGGCUCCACCGACCAAAUCACCGUCCACGAAAACACCACCGCCUACACCAAAUACCGCCUGCGGCCCCGCGUCCUGCGCGACGUCUCCGCCGCCGACACAAGCACCGUCGUCUUCGGCUCCCGCAUCGCCUUCCCCCUCUGCGUCUCGCCCGCGGGGCUGCAAGCCAUGGCGCACGCAGACGGCGAACUCGCCACCGCACGCGCCUGCGCCUCGCGCCGCGUGCACAUGGGCAUCUCGUCCUACGCCAACCACACCAUCGCCUCCAUCCGCGCCGCCGGCAGCGCCGUCUGGCCCGGCAUCGCGCACGGCAUCCAGCUGUACACGCUGAAGGACCGCGCGAAGCAGGAACGCAUCAUCCGGCGCGCGGAGGAGGCCGGGUGCAAGGCGGUGCUGCUGACGGCGGACAGCCCGGUGUUGGGCGUGCGGUACAACGAGCAUCGGAACGACUUCCGCACGCCCGAGGGACUGCACUUCCCGAUUGUGGAGCUGACGAACGAGAUGGUCCGCGCGAGGACGCACGAUGCGGGGUUCAAGGCGACGGCGUCGGACGCGCAUACGUGGGGGGAGGUGGCGUGGUUGAGGAGUAAGACGAAGAUGGAGGUUUGGAUCAAGGGCGUGUUGGCGGCGGAGGAUGUGAGGCUGGCGCGGGAGUAUGGGUGUGAUGGGGUGAUUAUUAGUAAUCAUGGUGGGAGGCAGUUGGAUGGGACGCCGGCGACGAUUGAUGUUCUGCCGGAGUGUGUGAAGGCUGGGGAUGGGAAGAUUAAGAUUCAUAUUGAUGGCGGGAUUCGGAGCGGUUCCGAUAUGUUCAAGGCUCUGGCUUUGGGAGCGGACUGCUGCUGGGUUGGACGGCCGAUGCUUUGGGGAUUGGCGUACGACGGAGAGGCUGGUGUGGCAAAGAUGCUGGACAUCCUCUACGAAGACUUCAAGAGAUGCAUGCAGUUGACGGGUUGCUCUAAGCUGGAGGAUAUCACUGCAGAUUGCCUCGGCAUUGUGAAGUCAGAUGGGCCGCUGGCGCGGUUGUGA